AUAUUUUCUAUAUUCCAACAGUUUCGCAAAUUACCAGAAUUGAAGGAAUUCGUGUAAUUUAUCAAAUAUUAGAAGAAAAAAAUUUUGCAAUCCUAAAGGGAAGUGAUUGAUUUGAUGCGCUUUUUCUUUUUGGAGACAAAAUCCCAACCUUUACGAGCAAGGUGAUCUUCGCACUCAAAUUUGCUGUUCUGUAGCCAUUGGAUGCGUGUUGCUUUGCUUCAGAAAAUAUAGAUUACUUUGAAAAUAAUUGAAUUCAAAGAGAAAUGUCGAAGCAAUCGAUUGAUACUUCUAAUGAAUUCAAGACCCAAAAGGAAUUAGAAAUUGAUCCUGAGUGUGCGCUUGAGCACGAUCGCCAAAUGUUGCAACAGCUGUCUGAACAUGCUUCUGAUUUGGAUUCCCCUAAUGUGGCUUCCAAUGGCGAUAUUCCUCUUGGGUUUGACCUUUCUGGCAUUCCAUUAAAUAUGACCCCAGAUUUCUAUCUGCGAAUGAACCAAAAUAUGGAAUACGCUUUUAAUCAGCCAAAUCCUGUUGCCUCUCCUCAAUAUCUACUUCGCAGUUCACUAGUCCCUACUUUGGCGAAUCUCAGCAAUAUCAUUUUGUCUAUCCUUGGAAAGCCUGUUCAGGAGGCUUCGGCCAUCGUCACGAAUCCCGCUUCAGAAAUGGGAAUGGCUUUUACAAAGUUAAUGAGCAUGUUUCGUAUGAUCAAGGACAUAUACACCGAUGAUUCAUUUAUCUACCCCGCGGUUAUCAACAUGCGUACUCCUUCUCAGCGAAGUGCCGUUCGUCGCGCAAACUUGGCGAUUUUCUUGUCCGCCGUUUAUGGUGCUCUUCAGAUUGGUUUUUUUCAUUUAAACGAAAAUUUUCUUGAAGUGUUCGCUCCUGAUGAAGCCAACAUCCUUACCAAUCAAGGUACUCUGUACAUGGAAUUAAAAACACAGGCUUACAUUUCUGCCAUGGCCCAAGCAGAACGACCAAAGGAAGAUAUUUUAAACGAUCUUUUCCCUUCCGAUAUGGCUCAGCGAUUUUUACUGCGUCGUAAUGCCAAGAUAGACGACAAGCUUACUUAUGUUGAGAAACAAAUUUUGGAAAAGUGUGCUGCUCGGAAAGAACGAUUAUCGAGUUUUACUCCGCAGGAAGCAUUAAACGAAGUUUAUCCUUGGGGAAAAUUUUUAAACGAGAUAGCCUGCUAUAUCCACAACAAUCACUCAUCUAUUGCAGCUAUUCCUGUUCCCAAUGGUCAUGUAAAACGGAAAGCAAAAAGUCAAGGUGGAAGAUAUAAAUCAUGUGACGAAAAUUCCUCUCCAUCAGAGUCUAGUUCUGACUUGACAGAUGGGUUAGCUUUUGGCCUUCCAACCGCCACUUUGGAUGCAACUUCUGAAGCUCAUAAUGUUUCCAGCGUUGUUUUAUACGAUCAAGUUCGAAACAUGACUAGCGCCGGUAAUGGCAGUAAGCGAGCUAAAAAAGUUGCAAAUAGAAGGACAUGGACUAAGGAGGAGGAAGAAGCUCUUUUAGAUGGACUCGAUUUAGUAAAGGGUCCUCGCUGGAGUCAAAUUUUGGAGCUUUACGGACCUGGUGGUAAAAAAAAUGAAGUUUUAAAGCACCGUAAUCAAGUUCAAUUGAAGGAUAAAGCUCGAAACAUGAAACUUUUUUUCUUGAAAAGCGGACAAAUUGUGCCAGCUCCUUUACAAUGCGUUACUGGUGAUCUUCGGAGAGAGUAAAAUUGUGAAGAUAAGCGUCCGCCUUUUUCAGGAGUUUUAUUUUUUAUUUUUUAUUGAGUUUGAAUGGUUUGGGUUAUUUAUAUAAUUUUAUUUUAAUGUCUAAGGAAUUUUUGGGAAUAAUACUUUAAGACUGUUUAUCACAAUAGAACACUCACGGGUAUCUUUUGUAACAAUCUCGGAAGAUGAUUUUGCAAUAGCUUGUUCAACUAUAUGGGUUACUCUUUGGUAAUCGUUACGAAAAACUUGGAGCAAGGUGGGAUCUCGACGAUCAAGGUUCUGCAUUUUCGUGCUAAUUGAAAUAGCCAGUUCCUUAAAAUAGAACAUGCUAAUUGUAGCACCG